UUAAACUCGUUGUGCAAGUUUCACCGCUUCCCAAACUGGGCACAGUGAUCAAGGCUAGUAGUUAGCAAACAGCAAUCCGUGACACUAGGAGCUGAGGAACGUACAUCCUGAGACGACUGGGUGGGCAACUAUGGUGGGCCAGUACUGGAUUCCCUCGCUGAUUGUGCUGUGUUUGUUGCCAGGUAACAGACUUCUUAUCAUUCUAAGUGUUAUCAUCGCUGCUUUUUAAUCACAUGUCCCACACCACCGGGAAUUGCCGGAAAUAACAAAUAAGCAGAAUAGGCAGACAUUUUUAAAGCCCUGUAAUUAAAAGCCAAGUAUGAAAAAAACGAAGUGAAGCAAAGGUGAAUUAUAAGUUUAAUUCUAAAGAUAAUGGAUCAUUUAAAGCAGAAUGUAUUGCAAAUUGGUUGUUUGUUGCAAAUGUGAUUAUUACUAAUUAAAGUGCAUCAGCCAUGAAAGCAAACCUUAAAUGCCUUCUCUAGAGAUUUGACUAGAAGAUAAUUUAGAUUACAUUAUGAGCUACAGAAAUAUGUUCUUGCGAUCUUUACUUUUCAAAACUAGGGAUAUAUAAAAUGUGAAAAACCAAUAUAUAUAUAUAUAUUGCUUCCUAAGCAUUGUGGGAAAUGUAGUGCAGAAACUUUGGGGCCACAAAGCUAACCAAGCACACAUGGAACAGAGCCCCUCACUUCUGCUUUAUACAAAAGAGUACAAAUUAAAAACAGCAUUACGUCUCAUAGAACGUUCGGCAUAUAAUCUCUUCCUCGCUUCCUUGGAAAAUACCUCAAUUUAUUCCUGAAAGAGAUUCUUUAUCUAUAACACGCGCUAUAAAUAUACAAUUUAUAAAUAAAUAAAUAAAUAAAUAAACAUGUGUAUAUGCGUAUAAUAUAUAACAGACAAGCAUAUAAAUAUAUAUAAUUAUUGUACUAUUUUAUUUCUUUAAAUUUCAAAUGAACAGACCCAAACAAUAUUAAGAAUAUAAACCCUUUAAUGGUCCAAACAUUAAAAUGUGUUUGUAAUACUGGCCUUUAUAUAAUGGUUUUAUGUUUUAAUCACUAGGAAUACAGUGAGGACUGUACCUCCCCCCCAAUAAUCAAUAACUGUAUAAUUAUCAAAAUGAUCUUGGAUAAAAUCUUCCCCUGAUUUAAUGACAGUGUGACCAUAUAGAGGUGUAAAUGAUAAAGCAGCAAGUCAUUCCACACUGGCACUCGGUAUGUAAAUGGAUACAGUUGUUAUGGUGCAAGGAGAUCCUAGGCGUAGCUUUAUCACUAUCUUUCUCAAUGGGGGAACUCCCGAUGGGCUGACGCUCUCAGUGACACCUCUUCCUGAUUGAAGCUUUGGCCAUAAAGCACAUGCUAAGGGCCCUCUACCUGUUGUAUCGGUCUGUUCUUAUUGUAUUGACAUUUUCCCAGUUGUACAGCGCUGUGGAAUAUGUUUGGCACUUUAUAGUAAUAAAUAAAUAAAUAAAGCGGAACUUGCUGUGCAGAGCAGUGUGGCACUCGGCUGAAGACUUUAACGUUAAACCAUUUGCUAAUGGCUUUCCCCUUUCAGGCAAGCCAGAGUUUGGGACCUCCUCGCACUAUAACAACUCCAUUCUGAUGAAGUUGUUAUGGUGCCUAGAAUGGUCUUUUAAGAAUACACCUCAAUGUUCACCUGAGGAAGACCCCUUAGUGGUUUGAAAAGCGUUGUGAACUAUUUUUUUGCUUUCUAUAUUAUGUUAAUAAAACCAUUUUAAUCUAUAAUGAUUCCUGAGAGGAUCAUUACCAUUUCUGGAGGACCUGAUAUUUAAAACUACUGCACCCUGUCUACAUCUGGGAGUGCUGAGCCCACUCAUAAUUGGCCUUCACACUUGUGAGUGUUCCAAGUUACUCUUCUAUAAUACAUAGUGUUACACAUUGUUUUUUAUGUUUGUUUUUAUAUUAGGUUCUAUUUACCAUCAUUUAUUGUGAUGUAUUUCGGACCAAUGUGUGAGAAUCUGGCCUUUCCACCAGAGAUUCCAAAACAAAACAAGAUAAAUUGGGUAUCUACCUGUUCAUUCUAAAACAUUGAGAAUCUUCUGAUCACUCAUCCAACAAAUCUGCCCUUUGACCGUGAUAAUCUACUCAUUCUCAUUGCGAAUCUGCCUAUUCACUUUGAGAGCCAGAGAAUCUGCCAAUUUAUCCUGCAAAUCAGCUAAUUCACCUUGAGAAUCUGUCUAUUCACUGCGAGAAUCUACAAUUCUGCCCCAUUCACCUGAUAAUCUUCCCAUUUACCUCAAGGUUCUAUUAACAGCCCGGAGACCCUGGUCUAUGAGUGAUAUCACCCAGCAAAGCCCUAGUGGUUUCCAUAUAUUCUGAAUUUCAUCACGAUCAUUCACUUUCCAUUAAAAUUCUAAUUAAUGUAACAUAUUUAAACCAUAUGUCAAAUGGGCCAGCUCCAUUAAAUCUGUCUGCAUGUUUAAAACCAUUCAGCAGAUCUUAAGAUAUUUUAAAGCAUUACAUUUUGCCUGACCGCUCUGAACCAGUCGUGCUUGGGGCAUUUAAAGAACACGUGUAACUGGAUAUCUCUCCCUUGCACCCUUUACUUCUUUUACAAGAUACAAACAUUUAAAUAAAAACAUGUAAGAUGACUAGCCAAUUAGGGAAGGGGACAGAUACAUGCUGGGAACAUUUUAGGUUUGAUACUGGUGCAGUCUCCGUAGAAACUAACAGAAUCUCCCUGUUGAUUCCACUGGUUUCCAUAACAACUGCUCACUAUUACAACUUUGUAUCAGUGUUCUGAUUAGUAACUACUCUAUUCUAAUUCUCCCCAAUAAUCACAAAACGCUAUUGGCUUUAUUAAAAAAUGUGAUCAUUUAUAUUAUUAAUUUCUUAGAAUUUUUGUUGUGUUUGAAUUGGACAUAUCAGGCCCAAUUUAUUAUUUUUACAUAUGCAUUUACAAUUUACUUAAUAUUUUGACAAGUAUUUUUAUAUUGUAAUAUUUUUCAUAUUUUUCUUUAUAUAUAUAUAUAUAUACACACACUUUAUAUUUAAAUUAAAAAAAAUAAUAAUUAUUAAAUAAUUUGUAAAGCUUGUCCAAAAAUAUUAAAUCAAGACCAUCAUUGUACAAUGCCGUGGAAUUUUUUCGUGCUUUAUAAAUAAUAAUAAUAAUAAUAAUAAUUAUCAACUGAACAUCGGUGAAGGUGGGCUUCACAGUCGGUCUAAUAGUAGGUGAAUAAUAUUUUUUUAUUGUCUAAUCUAUUCGUCAUAUACUUAUGCUGAUUUAGGUAUGGAAAAUUGGGAGGGGGAGAUGAUAAAUAAGCCAUUUCUGAUAAUUUCCAACUGGUUUUCUCAAACAAUAGUGUGACUGAGUCCAGGCAUAUUAGCUGAGCUUCCCCGUUCCCAAAUUUUGUAAAGACAUGUAGACACCACCCUGCUCAACCUGAACUGUCACUUGACACUGAAAUUAUCUUAAAACUGUCAGAAUGAUUAAAUAUUUCAGUACUGCUUUCCCAUCAGAAAACAUCUGAUAUAGAGAAAAUAGCUGGCCCAGAUCUUGAGACGCCACUGUUUGAGCCCAUCCGAAUAAUACCUUGGAGUUUAGUUCAUUCAGAGGAAAUCAAAAUAUACUGAGACAUUUGUUAUCAGCAAUCAAUCAGCGUUUAACUUCUGUAAAUUUACUGAAACUUAUGAAUGACUUGCAAUGGCUAUCUAACGUUCCUCUAGGACUAACUCAUAAAUUUCAGUACUUACCAAAUAAAAAAUUAUUUUAUUUACAAUAUAAGUAUCACAGUUUGAGUUUAACCUGCCAGGCAUUGUAGCUGCUGUCUUAAAGAGAGAACAGCUUCUAUUGUUGAUAUGUUCAACCUGAGCUAUCUCACUAGCCUCAUUGGUUGUUGAAUGGUUACAAUAAUGGAAGGCUUCAAGCAUCAUAGCCACUUCAACCUGCUGUAGUGGUUAUGAUGUCAGGAUUGCCAGGCGCUGUCCCAGUGUGUCUUGUUAAACUGUUUUAGAAUAGUUGGAUAAUGUACCUGGGUCUUGUCUGGCGCCUGAGGCCAUAUACCCAAUAGUAACUGAACAGACCCACCAGCUUCUUCUACAGGAGAAGACAGGACGUGGUGUAGAUGCCCAUGGGGACCAAUGUAAGUUUUUGAGAAAAUAGACUGGGACGGUGCCGUGGCUUUCCUGGUACUAUAAGAGAGGGUAUUGCUUUCAACAAAAUGGACCAGAGACAAGUCUAAAUAUUCCAGAUACCAUGCUGAUUUAUAGCUUGUGAUUAUUUGGGGGAACAUUCAGGUUUCCUAGCUUGUUAGCUAGAGGAAGCUAUGGCUGGACCCUCCAAACUUAUGGCAGACAAGUUAUAGAUCUUGAUUGACUCUUGUGGAUCUUGAGGAUCUGUGCAGGUCACAUCACCAUUAACAAAGAGUACCUAUACAAUUGGUUUAAAUGCCUGGUAGUGUGGGACAAGUACAUCUACAACACCGAGAUGGUAAACGACUUGUGACAUUUCGAAAGGGAAGGUUAAAGAGCUUUGUGAUUCUCUCUGCUCUAGAAUAUUUUUUUCCACCUAAAAACUCUGAUGGACCUUCUUGAAAAGUCCAUGAGGACAAGACAUCUAUUUUCUUCUUAUUUUGUUGUGACCUCUAUUUUCUGAGAAAUUAUUAACAUGCUCAUGUUUAAGUGCAACAUUUUGUGCAUCUUGGAUUUUUUUGUUUGUUUCUCCAGCAAAUUGCUGUGAUGAUAUAUUUAAAAAAAAAGUUAUGCACUGUAUUUUAGACCAUGGUACAGGCUCCCACUUGUGUCUGUGAUUUCUGAUCUAUACAUGCUGCAGUGUGUACAUCGCUUAUUCUGCAAUUUCCUAACUGGAAGACACACUAGGCUUGCUGAGUCAACAAGCAACAUAUUAAUUCAUUAAAAACACAUGAAGCAUAAACAGAUGGCCAAAAGCAGUCUCACUAAUCUCACCCCUUAUAGGUUAAUCAUUAACAAAUGACAUACAAAACGUGUGUAUUAUAAAAAGUACAAGAAAGGUAUAAUUUAAUAAGUUUAUAGCUUUUUUAUCUGUCAUGUGAAGUAUGGAUUGAUUAUUCUUUAAAAAUAGUUUAUAUCGUGUAGGAUUAUAUGAAUAAUUAAGACUACAAUAUAAACUUGCACUGAUACAUAAACAAUGAAUUUUUGAGAUAAAAAAAAAAGAGAAAAAUACAAACAUGCAUUUUUCGGGGAGAACUUGAUGACUCAGCUCUUUCUGGAGUAAUCCUUUGCAGGGUUAGGGUUAAUUGUUUUGAUGGAGUGUUCAAACUAGCGGCCUGAGCCCUCUGACGAGGGACUGUAGGAAGUGCCGGCCACAAAACACCCAAACAUGGAAAGACUGCUGACACUGCAUACCAGACAAAUUACACAGUGGUGGCUUAUGACAUAUGGUUUGCUAUCAGUACUUCUGAUCACCAGAGAGACUGGCUCUCUCACCCCGUAUUAGGUGAACGGUUAGUAAGUGCACAGUAAGUGCUCGAUUAGCCAUGCUCGUAGUGCUCUUAUAGUGAAGUUCAGGAUAUUUAAGCCCAUACACAAGCACUACAGCAGCCAUUGGUGCAGAGAUGUUGGGGCUUUUGUGGGCUGGUACCUUGGGAGUGGGCUUUUUAGCCUUGGAUCUCUGAUCUCUCUGCUGGAAUGGGCAGGAGCCUAUUAGUGAUUUUUUAUUUUACAUCAGGAAGGUACUUAUUAUAAAACAUAUUACAAGGUUCCACUAGGCUGCUUAGGAUGAAGGGGUGGUGCCCCCAGGUGAAUGUCAGCAUAAGGUUUUGGGAGUACAAUGCGUUCAAGCACACACGUCUAUCCGGCUGUGCUUUUAUUGAGACAAUCGUCAUCGGCGCGCUGUUGGUGGGUAGAUCAGUACAUUAAAAGACAGAGAGGGGUAGGUAUGUCUUGACAUUUCCCUGUUACUCUAGGGGUCAUUGAGCUUUCCUUUGGGAUGAAGCCCCCAAUGGUUCUGGAACUAUCAACACCCCUGGCUUGUUGUAUGGACAGCCUUGACUGGCUGGCAUGUGUGCCCACAUUACAUGCCACUCUCAGUAACACAGUUAGCAUCACAGACAAGCCUGUAUCACUGCCCUGUCUCUCCACGAGUUCAGAAUCUGGAUCCAUUCUGGCCUGUGUGGCAGGAAUAGGAUGAGAGAAACCAGCAUGGCAGCACAUACCGGAUCAACAACUGAAUAUAAACCAGUAGUCCGUUUGAUAGAGGGCAAAGAAAUGGGUUGAGUAACUCAGGAAACAGAUUUGUUGCAUAGCCAGGAACAAGGGACAGCAGCAAGGGUCAGGGAAUAGGUCACACAGGGCCAGGACACAAACAGAAACAGGUCACACAGGAGUCAGUGUACCACAGACAAACAGAAUGCCUUGGAACCCAUAGGGAUGGGUGAUGUCCUAUGUUUAUAUUCUCCAGUGAGGCAGUAAGCAAACACUGGAGCUGAGAUAUUCUUCAGUACAGAAGGAGGACUCUUGAGCAAAGAAAUAUUUUCCAUUCUGGCACAGAAUUACAAACUACAUUAAUUUUACUUGAAUGUUUAAAAUCAGCAAAAGGAACCUGGUUGUCUCCAUAACCACUUCAUAAAUUAAGUAGUUGUUGUGUCUGCAGCCCAUAGGUGCUGUACCCCACAUCACUGCUAGAUGGUUUACUCACUGUUUAGCAGAGAUGCUUGGUCUCUGGCAACCUGCAGCCCAAUUACGAUAUGCUUCCGCCAUACCAUUUCCUAGCAGGGAUUGGGGCAGUCAUUGUGUCACGUAUUCAUCCGCACAUAAAAAUGUGGUUAAUGGCAUUUAUUGUCCUGACAGGAAAAGUUGUGCCGAGCAACAUUACCAUCCUGUCAGGAAAAGUUGUGCCAAGCAGCAAUCAUGCACAUGGAAACCUGGUGUAGUGGUACUUACCUUACCCGGGGGCCGGCCGAGGUCCUCUCUUCCCGCCGUCUCGGGCACGCUCUUAAAGGGGCAGUGGGAGGCAAAAAAUACAACGGUCUCCCAUUGGCCCCUGUCAUCCCACAUUCCCCAUACACUCACAUUUUGGGGGCGUGGAUAUGACAGGGGUCAAUCAAAGUAAAGGUUAGGGUAUUUAUACUUACCUCUCCCUUAACUCCCUGCCCUAUCGUGGUUUCUGUUUCAGUUCCCUUUAGCGCUUGUUGUGUUCAGUUGUGAUUUUCGUGCUUGACCUUGGCUUUGUAUCUUAGUCCGUUUAUCUCUCUAUCCCUGUUUUGUCUUGUUUGCCGGCUUACUGACUACUGUGUACCAGACCUUGGCUAGUUUUUGUUCUUGCAGUCUCUUUGUUCCCUUGACCUCUGCUCGUUCUUGACUCUGUCUAUUCUCUGCUAUACGGCGAGUCCGGCCAUUCUAAGGUCCGGUAAGACGUUUCUGCUCUAUCUGUCGAUUGUUGGACUACAUCUUGCGUGUUGGGGUAAACUACCGUGACACCUGGUAACUACUUUUGGGGUCAAAGGCCGGUCAUGGCUAAUCAAAUCCACAGGAGGAUUUGUACUGAGCAGCAAUCAUGCACACCUGGUAAUUGCCUUUGGGGUCAAAGGCCGGUUUCAGCCAAUCGGAUCCACAGGAGGGGUAUUUAAACCCAACUCUCCUCUUGCUCAUUGCCCUAUCGUGGUUUCAUGCCUAUGAUUAUCAGGGAGUGCACUCCUGAUCUUGACUUUCUGGUUUUUGACUUCCCUGAUAACUGGUAUGCCUGAUAUGACUUCCCUGAUAUAAUUGACAUUUGGCUUUCCCUCAUCUUUGUGUGUGAUUCUGUGUCCCUGACCUCGGCAAGUAUUUUGGCUAUUCUUGGAGACGUUAAGUCCGGCCAUUCUAAGGACCGGUUAUAUGUUAUCCUUAGUCCUAGCUGUGACACAGUACUGCAUGCUGGAUCAACUUGUAAUCCUGACACAUUGACUGAGAGCACACAGCUGACACUCUCAGCCAAUCACUGCCCGGAACCCCUGGUAUCGCCUGAAGUGUAGCAUAUUUUGGCCUCCACCAUUUUGUCGAGAAUCUCUGCUAAACUGUUAUUAAACUCACGGACUGCAGGCACCUUAAUCACUUCAAUAGGUUAAAAAUAAUUUCACUGACAAUUUUGAGAGCCAUUUUGGAACAUUGUACGCUAGAGCUUUGUCUCUUGUUGCAUCUUCCUGUACCUGCUCUCAAUGCUUGUAGGUUUUUCUGUAUCUUCUCAAAAGUCUUUGCAUUCCUUUCUGCUGCCAAACUGGUCUCCAGUUUCUGUUUAUCAGACUCCCAAGAUGCAGGUGAAAGUUGCACGAGACUUUGUAAACAUGUGGUUAGAUGCUCUGUCAAUGUACCGUAGCAUCGGUGAAUAAUUUACUACGCGAGACACUCCGCAAUGUGUGUAGUAAACAAUCGGGUACAUUGUGCUGGUAUCAUUUCAUGUUUGUUUUAGUUUGAUUCUGCCAAACCAUUCCUAAAAGAUUGCAAGUGCUUGAGAGCGGAAUUAUAACACAGGGAUUGUCAUUUUCAGAGCUAGCUAUCCCUUCCCUGUACAAAUCAGAUGCCCAUUUUUCCUGACAAGAGUCUAGGUAUAGAGAGUGGAGUAGGAUCCCAGUAAAUAUCAGGGGGAUUGUCAUUCCUUGGAUUCUUGAAGAUGAAGCUUGAGGAGAUGAAGAGAUCCUUCAGGUUACUCUGGUGGUUUAGCAUCAGUCUGUGCUUAUGUCAAGCACAAACCAUUCUCUCAAGCUCGUGUACAUACCUACUUUGGGACCUACAAUAUAGACCUACUAUAUUUAAUAAAACAUAUAUAAAUAUCACUGUUUUGUGUAACAAAACGUUAUAUAGAUUUCAAGGGAAAGUGUUUGGUACCCGAGCUUUGUUAAACACUCUUGAUGUCCCGGGAUGCAAAGUAGGAAGUUGAAAUAUUCCUUUUACAAAGAGUGCAGAUUUCAAGAGACAUUGGUACUUUUAUAAAUUAACCUUGUUACACCCCCUUAGAUUUCAAUCAGACAACCAGUCCUGUUACUUCCUGGUUUGGUUAGUUCAGUGGAGCUAAACACCUGCCUUGUAAAGACUUCUCAUUGAGCUGCAUUGGGAAGUCUGUGAUUGGACAGACACAGAAAGUCUGGGCGGGGUUAGAAGGGGUGGGUUUGUAAAGGCUGCAGACAAGAGAACUGUUUUUGGAUAUAUACCCCAAAUGAAAAAAUGCAUAAUUAAAUGCAUGCACAUUUUCAGUUGAGGCAUAUCUAAUAAAAAGUUCGAGAGAUUUAUAUACACACAAAAAUAUUUUUCAUUUUUUUCAGAUUUGGGCACAGGAGUGCCCCUUUAACUGAAUCAUAGUUUGAAUGAUUUAUGCCAACGAGUUAUACCUAUUUUUAUUAUAGACUCCAAGCAUGACUCAGUUGGUCAAAUUUUUGCCUCAGUGUUAAAAAAUGUACUUUACAUUUAACCCCUUAAGGACCAAACUUCUGGAAUAAAAGGGAAUCAUGACAUGUGUCCUUAAGGGGUUAAACAUACUGCUUCUUGCUUGUUUGGUUUCAUUCACUCGACCCAACAAACAGAUUGCCAAAUACCCAAGUGAUCAUGGUCUACUGAGGUAUUUGAAAAAUAAUAUUUUCUUUGAUGACAGAUCUUUUUUUUAACUCGGUAGACUAUGAGCUCUGAUGUCAAGCCACCUUGGCAAUUAUUUUGAUUUCUAAUUAUAAUUUGUUCGUGCAUGUGUUAUUCCGGUUUCUGCAGAAGCAAUGAAUCAUUCACAAUUUGAUUUCCUCUGGAAAGGCUUUUUAGAAUAUUUAUUCUGAUAAUUGCAGUAGUCGUUGCUAACUACCACCUCUGUUGGCAGGCCAUUCCAUGUGUCUAAUACCUGAUUUUAGAUAAUAAACUUUUUAAAGAUAUAAUUAUGAUCAGUUUCCUGUUCCCCAUGUGAGCAGACACACAAUGUUUUGACAAGUAGUGUUUUGUUUUUAUCUUGCAAUUUAAAAAAAAAGUCCACACCUACGUGAAAUUGGCGUGUCAUGUAAGGUGUUGGUCAUAGUUCAAGAAAAUCAAUCUCCUCCCUUCUGGUAUGUCUGACUGAAACUGUGUUCUGAUGUACUGAGUUUCGUUAGGGAAUGAAGGGUGUGUGUGCGUGAGGUCAGAAAUGGACAUACUGGUUGUGUGAGGCUAAAACGUGAGUGCGUUUACUUAGCAAACAGCACAGAGGUAGAACAUUGUCUAGAUGGGACCAAUAAACAAUAUCAUAUUAUGUCAUAAUUUAUCUUGAAAAAAAAUUAUUAUAGUUAAACACAACCAAUAUUGUAUUCUGUGUUGCAGAAAUAAAGACUUAAAGUUGUGAAUAAAAUAUGAAAGGUUAUUUAGCUUUUAAAUGUCAAACUGAUACUCCAUUUGUAGAGCAAAUAUUUUUUAGUUUGUUUUUUUUUACUUUGUAAUUGAUUCUGGAGCAGGUUUGGGUCAGGCUGCGGGGCAGAUAUUAUUGCAGGAGCAGGAUACAUGGGAGCUUUCACAGCUGGAAUAAAUGCAUGUUAGCUGUUAAAGGAACACUCCAAAUACCUAGAGCACUUAUAUGGCUGAAGUGCUUUAUGUGUGAAGAGUGUGUACUUUCACUACAAAAAAGUGCAGAUUUCAAUAGAAAUUGGCACUUUUAUAAAUUAACUUUGUUACACCCCCCUAGCUGUCAAUCACACAACCUGUCCUGUUACUUCCUGAUUUGGUUAGCUCAGUGGAACUUAACUCAAGAGGCAACAAUUGCACAGAGCACCUGCCUUGCAAAGACUUCUAAUUGAACUGCAUUAGGAAGUCUGUGAUUGGACAGCCUCAGAAAGUCUGGAUGGGGUUUGAAUGUGAGGGCUUGCAAAGGCUGCAGACAAUAGAUCUGCAGCUUUUGUAAACUGAUUUUCUAUAUAACCCCAAAGGAAAAUUUCAUAAUUAAAUUCAUGCAUUUUUUAUUAGACUGUAUCUACAAAUUGCAAUUUUAUUUUAUUAUUUUUGUAUUUAGUCAGUGGUGUCCUUUUAAGGACGGUGCAGGGUGCCAGGUUAAUGGAAAGAAUGUCUCUUGUAUCUUGCUUCUGGGGACAGCAGAGAAUCGUAGGGAGGGUGUGUGUGGCUUUCAGUGAAUGAAUCCUGAAUAAAGGGCUAGUAUCCAAAUUUUGUUUAUUUCAUGCAUUUUUUACAUUUGUUAGUAUGUUCUCAGUGUAAGUUAGCAUAACUUCCUCACUAAAUUCCUUAUAAACAGGGAUCUUGAACCUUACAGAACUUCAGUUUUAUAAUUGAUCUCUCCCUUGACACAUCUGUGCAGCUGUCUAUUAAAGAAAAGAUCGCCAUUGCCAAUCCAUCUAUGCAAUUUCAUUGUUACUGUUAUUUCUUACAAAACUGUACCUUGGAUGACUUGAACAUGACAGCUUGUCAAUGACCCGUGGAUAAUUCAUCAACUGAGCACCUGGGCUUUGGUAGGACACAACUUCUUAAUAAAAGGGAAUCAUGACAGAAUAUUUCCAUCAUGUGUCCUUAAGGGGUUAAAACCCACGAAAUCCACUACUUGGCUGGAUGGAAUCUUCCAAAAAUGAAUGAAUUAAUAAACCUAGAAAUGAGGAAUUAGAUCAUUUACACUGGACAUGUUAUUAAUAAGAACGAUUACAAUAUGAACAUUUUGCGCUAAAAAAAGUGAGCAGAAAUACUCUGGAUAAACAAAUUGGAAUAAAAAUCUCUCAGAAUUCUUGUUCUGACAAGGACAACAUUUUUAUUUAAUGUAAAUUUUGUGGCAAUCUUUAUAAAAAUCCAAAGACAACCACAAAUCUUACCCUGAAGAAAUGUAUAGUUACACAAUUUACACUUAGCUCGGUUGACCCUAACCAAACUUCUUCCCCUUUCCGCACCAAUAUUGGUGGAAAAAUUUAUUUUACCACUUCCAAAUACGGUACUUUUUGGGAAAGCACUAGGGCCAAAUGGAAUUCCCAAGUCACAUUGUAUAGUUUUUUUCUUUAUGGAGCCCAUACUAAAAACAAUCGGUUAAUUAUUCUUAUGGGUACCUGAAGAAGGUCCAUUUCCUACAUUAUGGCAAAUAAUGGCAUUAACUAAGCCGUGCAAAUCUCCUAUACUUUGUAUGAUUUUCAGGUGCUUUUAUCUGUUGAAUGAUGACGCCAAAUGAUAUCCCCACUGCAUCCCCUUUCAAAUUGAUGGUGACCAGGUGGUCUUCAUGAAGGAACAAAAAGGUUACCGAUAACAUUACAAAACUCAUCAGUUUUAUCUACCAACUGCACAUCUCCCAUAAUCCUGGUUUAUUAGUCUCAAGUGAUGCCAGCUGGGCAUUUAACCACCUCAAUUGGAAUAUCUGCAUUUGGUUCUCUUUAGGUUUUCAUUCCACAACAGAUCAUAAAUACAGUUAAAGACAAUUAUAUUUGUCCCACAGACUAAAUCCAUUUUGCAAGGUUUAUGUCAUCAUCCUUCACAAUAAUGAAUGGAAAUAAAUGUUUAUAUAUGGAGACUUUGCUAUUUAAAAUCAGAGAAAACAUGAAUACUCUUAAAACGGUUAGGUACAUUAGGUACACAACCAUUGAUAUCCUGACUGUUGUAACAGAACGUCUUAAUAGACUGUAGCAGAGUCUUGACAAGUGGGGAAACCCAAACCAUUGCUUUAGGUAUGGACAACACAAUAACCAUUCAAUUUUCCAAAUUUUCAUAUGACUGGAGAGCUGACCAGAACAGCUGGGCAUUGAGAUAACCAUAAUACUGGAUGUCUUAUUUUACCACAUUUUGGUUAAACUGUUAAAGCCCUUUGAGGCAUUACAUACACAAGGGUCUAAACUCUACUUUUUAUGAAUGUGAAAGCAUAUGUUAUAAUCUGCAUAAUAAAAAAGUUACAAUAUGAAUAUCAAGGCGGGAGGGCAAGGAGUUUCUGAUGUUCUUAACUAUUAUACAACUUUGAUAUUAGCUCAUAAUACUGCACUUCAUAUAGCUGUACCUCCAUCCACAGUGGAAAUGUACAGAGAGCUCGUUUGUUGCCCCCUAAUAAAACUUUUAUAAUACUCUGGGUUCCACCCAAGAUGUGUCUCCUGUUACCAAACAUUCUCUCUUUAACAUACCUCUAUAUUAGCUAUUGGACACCUACAAACUGAAACUGAACUUUUCCCCAACAUGACAUUUGUUUCUUUCUUGGCCAAUAAUCAACUUGGCAUUUCUAACUUCAACCCCAGGGCAAAGGAUAUGAAGUCUCUGAAAUAUCUCAAGUGCCUUUUCUUAUUUUCAGUAAUAGUACAACCUAUAAACUACUUAACAUACUCGAACAACAAAAAUAAGUUUUUUAACUUUUUUGACAGGGAGCCAAAUGAUGUUACUACGACAGAUUUUACAUCCCAUCUUUAGUUUUAAAAUCAGCUCAUGGCCCAUUCUUAAAUAAAAUCUAAAACAAAAUACGUUCAGCAUAAUACCUUCAUUAGACGAUUCACAAAGGGGGAUCACUUAGAGUGUGGAGAGCUGUGAUGCGACAAUAAUGAAUAAUAUUGGCCACUUACUUGUGGCCCGAUGAAUACGAUCUAUCUGUCCCAAUCAAUGGGAUCCCCUGAAAUACCUUGGGUCACAAUUUUUAGAUCCUGACCCAAGGCAUAAGAACUGAUGGUUCAGUGUAACUGAUGGUAUCAUUAUUUGAACAAACAUGCACUACAUCUCCAACCAAACCUAAUCUGACAUUGCUUUGCUAUGCAUUGCUCUCUCUAACCUCCAGGUAAGUCGUACAUUUGUCAUUGCGUGGGAGUUGGGGAUUCAGGGAUUUAUUUAGAUGCAAUACACUGGUCACUAUCUUUACAAAUCUCUAAGCAAAAUAUAUUUUGCACUUUUUCAGGAUUUUUUUUAUCAGGAUAGUUUGUACGGGUGGUACGUGGCUUCUGCUUGCUCGUCCUGUAACCACCCCUCUUGUUUCCAAUAGUACUUGGGAUACAGUCCCGACAUAGGCACUUAGCUCUGUAUUUGACUGCGUUACCAGAAAUGACACUCCUUUUGGCAAUUAGUAUGUGAUUUAAAUGUCUAAAAAAUGCACAAUUCCCUUUGACCCAGAGCUAUGUGUACUUUUCAUGAUUCCUAGGCAAUAUCUAAAAACACUGAGAUUUUACGUACAGCUCUUCUUUAAGUACAGAUCCUUCUGUACUGCAGCUGUCCAACAUACCGGAACUGGUUACCUUAUAUGACACCAAUGAACGUAUGACAUAAUUAUCAAUUAGAGAUCAUCUCCCUUCCCUUUUCUGUUCGAAUCUUACCCAGUCUCCUUUCCUUCAAAAAAAUCAUUAGGGGGCGGGGCCCGACCGCCAUGCUGACCGGUCGCAGGCUGGAGAGGCUCCUGCAGGAUCUGGCCUAAUUUGGAGGAAAAAUCCAAGCUUAAAGCCUGACUCAGAGUCAAGAGACCACCUCUCAUGUCCGGGUGGUUGCCGGUGCCACUGUGGUCCCCGAGAUCGGGAGUUUUGCAGCCCCAGGGGGAGAUGCAAGACUUCGGGGUCUGCGGCCUAUGUGGGUGGAGAGCGGGGCGGACGGCCGCCGUCCUGCUUUUGAACCUGGCUGCCGCGCAAUAGCCCAGUGAUAUGUAUCACGGGCCCCUGCUUCCCCCCCAUGGACCGGGGGGGAUAUCCCGGUCCUCACUGGAGGGAACCACCGCCUAAGUGACCCACGGAGCACACCUAGCACCCCACAUCCUAUGCCUGGGCGCCAAAAUGGCGGCGACGCGACUGAAGCUGAGAACAGCAUCUGCAUCUACCUAAAAACAGCUUUGCCCGCAGGUCAACAAACAGCAUACAUGGGCCAUGGAGCCCGAACCUGCAGAUAAGCGUCGGACCCUCUAAAAAGCCCCUGCUUACCCACUCACGGAUCAAGCCUGGUUCCACGGCUGGGCGGGGAGUGGGGAGCCCCCAAAGUUGAAACCUCGAGAGCCCGACCAGAAGCAGACACCAAGCGUCAGGGGGAUGGAGGAGCAGACAACCACCAACAAAUGCAGCAGAUCUGCCAAUCAAUACACCCUAGAGGUCCCAGGCCACAAGCAGCAUAUGUAUUUGGUGGAAAAACCCCUUUGUGCCUGAGGAAAGCACCUGAGGCCUACCCUAUCCCUCCUGGAGGACACUACAGUAGCUGCAGCUGCAUCCACGCUUAACCUGUGCGACAACCUUCAGAGCAAGCACACUGCCAGCAUUGGGUAUCGAUUAAACAAACCCACCAGGCUAUAUGCUGGCUCACUGAGCAGACCAACAACGGGUAUCGGAUGAAACCCUGACUACUGGACUCCCACCCAUGCUGGACUGAAACCGGGUAACCAGAAAGGUCACUACUUUGGGACUCCUUAAGCUGCCUAUGAUGACCUGAGAUUUCCUAGAUUGAUUUAUCUUUACCCUAGCUAAGAUACUAUCACUUAAAAGCGUCUAUACAUAUGUCUGUUUUCGCUAUAAUCUUACACAUUUCGCACUCAGCUUAGGACACAAAGUGAAUUCCUAAUAUAAUGCUGCAAAAUGUGCGAUGACCCUACUUAACAUAAGCGACUUGACCCAACGCGAAUAAGUACAUAGGGUUUGGUGUAUGCUGGAGGGUACCGUGACAGAUAUUAAUGUGAUGAAAACUUACAAAAUAAGCAUGACAAAAAUGUGUUCACAAAGCAGAUUAACCGUAAGGGUUAGCCCAAUAUGAUGCUGCUAAUCGCUGCGCCACAUAGGCCUUUCGGUAGCCAGACCUAUCUUUGACAUGGCAAUGUAGGCAUACCUCCUUCACUAGACCAGUCCUUACACCUAACUCGAAGACACACUAGCAAUGUUUAAUUGAAUGCCUUACAUACUCUUUGACCUAAUCCUGUUCACUAAAUUACAAAAACGUGCUGAGUUAACUUACGCCACAAAAAUGUUUUAAUAUGUUAUAUUUGACUGCGUCUGUUACAGCUGUUGUGGCUACACAGACACUGUUGUAAAUUCUUGCACGACAAAAAUAAAGAAUUUAAAAAAAUAAAAAAAAUCAUUAAAAACUCACUUUUUCACAAAAGCGUAUCAAUUAAACUGUUAAUGGCUCCCAAGUGAGUCAAUUCCUGCAACUGUCAUUUAAAAAAACAAAACAAAAAAAAACACACUAAGUCUUCAUUGAAUACUAUUACCAGUAUUACCAAUAUACGUCCCUUACCUUUUGUGUCAUUUUACCCCACUCCCUCUAGCAUGUAAGCUCAUUAAGCAGGGCCCUCAACCCCUCUGUUCCUGUGCGUCCAACUUGUCUGGUUACAAUUACAUGUUUGUUAGUCCACCCAUUGUAAAGCAUUACGGUAUUUGUUGGAGCUAUAUAAAUAUAAUAAUAACCAUCAUCAUCAUCAUCAUCAAUGCAUUAUAAUAUAGCUUCUUUAGGACCCGUCCCAGCCUGAUGAUAGUUUUUAUUGAUACGAAUCCAGACACUCCAAGACCCACUGAUAUUGCAUAGUACUAUUCUUAAUGAUUGCAUAUUCUACUUACAUUGUAAUGGCAUGGACAAACCCUGUGGUCUAACAAAUGAGAACAAUUCGUUUAUUUAAUUGUCUUCAUUUUGUGUGUGCACAUAUUUGGGAAAUAUCACCUAGGUGGUCACACCUUCACUUCUUUGGGUUUUCUUUAAAAAUGAUAACAUUUCAAAUUGCAAAAAUAAUAAAAAAUGUUAGAAUAUAAAUAUAUAUUUGGGCACCCACCCUAGCUACAGACAUAUGCCACUAUUUUUGAUACCAAGAGUGGUGUAAUUUAGCACCAUCUAGUGGACUAACUGUUGCCUACAGUGGAUCUAGAGAUUUGCAAGGUUACUCUGACGACCGGUUAUUCUGUUUUUUCACAGUUCAGUUAAAAUCAGUGACCAUCUCAGAGCCCAGCACACAGACCAUUUACAAGGCAGCUGGUGAGACUGUACAGCUUGGAUGUACCUAUACCCUGGACCCCGCUGAAACUGGGACUCUAGAUAUCGAAUGGACUGUAAUGAACCCAGACAGCACAGCACUGGACAAAAUAGUAAGUAUCUGAGAUGCAUAUUGCUUCUGUAUUUCAAAUGUAAUAAGUAAGGAGUAUUUUUUCCACAGAUGGAUGUACUGACUCUGACCAUGCAAGACUCUAUAGUUGAUAUCUGCAGAGUCCAGUUUAUAGAGACUAUGGAGAGUUGCAGAGUUCAAACUGGACUGCAGAGUUCAAAGUGAAGUGUAUAGAGGACUAAAACAAUCAUUUACAUGAUUCAGUCUGUUGCACAGGGAAGGAGCUAAUAUCUGUUCAACAACAGAAGGACAACACAUGCAUAUUUAAUUUAUGACUGUUCCCAAUAACACUUCUAUACAUUUACAUAUAUCCUAUUUAAAUGGAAUUUCCAGUUUACAAGAAAAAAUACAUUUAAAGCAGGGAAUGGCCUGCAACUUUUGGCCAGGGGUGCAAGUAAAAUGAAUAGUUACAUAGCUGAAAAGAGACUUGCGUCCAUCAAGUUCAGCCUUCCUAACACCUGAGGUUCCUAGUUGGGCUCCCAUACAAGUACUAACCAGGCCCAAGUCUGGAUGGCUUCUGAGAUCUGACGAAAUCAGGCACUUUCAGACUGGUAUGGCCGUAGGCAGUUUAAUUGAAUGGCGGUUUUCUGCACAUAAAAUUCUCAGAUCUCCGUGUGGAUGGUCCUACUCAUUUGACAUCUAUUGUAAAUGUUUGAUUGAUGGGGAUCCUCGAGUAGCGAGGUGUGUAUCCCUGCAGCCUCCAUCAGUAUAUGGUGUACAUAGCAUGAUGGAACAUUCCCAUAGAUCUCUGUAUGCUUAGGAGAGGAAGCCUCUGUUUCUAAUGACUCCAGUGUCACGGAGAACUGUCUAAUCUCAAAAAACACCUCUUAGAACACCACAUAUACGCAUCAUGGACUGGCAGCAUGGUCAGGCUGAGAUAUUACAGUCUCCUGGUAAAUAGGUCAGUUAAUGAAGAACAUAGAGAUUGGCUACAGCUCAUGCAGAAACCCACAGAGCAAUGAGUUAUCAAAGGCUCUAGGCAAUUCCUACCUUUUGCCUAAGUAUUGUGUAAACAGUAAUUCCAACAUCUCUCUCACUGCUUUUCAGCAGGAGAAUGGUGGGAGACUGAAGUCCAGAAAUCUAGCAUGCUACUGGGGGGUAAUAGCCCCCUUGCUAGUUCUACCCUGCUUUAAAUUUUGUUUCCAUUAACCAGUUUUAAACAAUAUUUCCAGCUAAUUAUUAAUAUUUAUCUAUAAUGACCACUUGAAUAUAGGACCGUUUUCUUGGUGGAGCUGUCCAUCUCACAUCACAUUGUUUACAUCCAUAUUGAAAGUUAUUGAUAAAAAUAAAAGUAUGUGAAGAGCAUUUGAUGUCAGCAGCCAAUCAGAAUAUAGAGGACAAAAAGUUCUAUUCUGAUGCUGCUGAAUCGUGGGCAAUUUUAAUUAUCACAAAUAAGCAAUUUUAUGACAUAAGGCAUCCACCCUAACGAAGCAGAAAACAAAAACAAAAAAACAUAUGCUUUGUCUUCCCAUCUAGAUCUUAACCUACAUGGACAAUAAUGUGGUCUCCAAAGGUCCUCCUGAGUUGAUGAAACGUGUGGCUUUCACAGCUGGCAAUCCUAACAAUGGAGAUGCCUCUAUAACUAUCUCAUACCUUGAGGCCAAAGAUUCUGGAACCUAUGGGUGUAAAGUGAAGAAGUAUCCUGGAUUAGCAUCAAGAAAGGUCACCUUAAUUGUGCAAGGUAAAGUUGGCCCCAAAGUCUGUUACUACACACAGAUGUAAGGUUGAAGAAUAACAGAUGAAUUUGAACCAUAUUUAGUAGCUGUGUUCAUCCUUAAUUAUGUCUUUAUUCAGUUCCUCCGUCCAAUCCUCGUUGUUUGAUUGAAGGCGAUCAGACCCAAGGGAAAGAUGUGACGCUAAUGUGCAGAGCAGAAGGUGCAUCUACUCCACUCAGUUUCAGCUGGGAAAAGACUAGUGGAGCUGCCAACCCUACAACUCCAGCGCUAAACAUGGGUAGGUAGCAUUGCACAUUGUAGAAUAAUUGUAAGAAAUGAGAAGGUUAAUGCAUGAGGCCAAGGUUAAUGUAUAAUCAAAGUAAUACACUAAAUAAAUAACCUGCACUCCCAUUGUAGAUGUAUAAAAAAAAAUAAGCUUUAUUACAUUCUCAAAAAUAUAAGAAUAAACUGAAUAAUUGUAUACACCCCUAGUAACACAUUUCAUAAAUCAGAAAACAUUAUGCAUGUAAUUAGUCUAUAUACACAGUAUUCACAGUAGGCAAACAGGUAUUUCAUACAGAUUUACAUACACAAAAGCAAAAUAAUAUAAAGAAAAAUCAUGUAGUCAAAAAUGCAAAGCAAAAAAAUAUUAGUAAUCAGGGGGUACCACAGACACCCAACAUUUCAGCACAGGAGGCCUUUGUCAAGGGUGAAUGAGAGUCACUACCAGAUAGGUAUAUAUAGACAUACACAAAGGCAUUUUUUAUUUUUUAUUAUAUUUAUAUGAAAUAUCUGUUUGGUUACUGUGAAUACUAUGUAUAUAGAUUAAUUUUCUGAUUUAUCAAUUGUGCAACUACGCGUGUAUAGAGAUUAUUUCUGUUUAUCCUUACAUUUUUUGAUAAUGUAAUCAAGCUUAAUUUUUAUACUUCUACAAUAGGAUUGCAGGUUAUUUAUUUAGUGUAAUUGUAAGAAAAGUGUCACGGGUGACGGUCCGGAGACCGGGACCCUGUAUGCCCGAUGAUGAGAGUCUCAGCGUGGAAAUGGACAAUCAGGGUCUGGUGCAGGGUUACCACACACCCCCUGGUGUUGGGCACCAUGGUUUGUGCGGCCACAUACAAAGGCCCUGAUGCAGCUUAGCAGAAGCCAGGAGCUGAUAUUAAGCAGAUAAGUAUCCAGUACUAGAAACAAGGUAAGACUAGAACAGGCACCAAACAAGAAAACAAGACAAGACUAGAAGAACCCAAAAUUGGAUAAGGACAGAAAACAGAACCCAAAACAUGUACAUAAUACAUGAGGGAAACAUGAACAGGACAGGAGUGGACAUGAACUGGGAAUACAAGACAAUCUAAAACAAGACAAGAGAUACAAAGCAAAACAAGAGGAGACAUAACUAAGUACUAUAUAUGUAAAACAUUGGAGACUUAGACAUACAUACAUGGCCAAGAUGUAUGCAGCCCACCACUGCGCCAAAGUACUCCAAUUACCUAGAUAUGCAUGACUAAAAAAACAAUAAUAAAACACACACAGCACUUACCUGCAAAGAAAGGAGCAGAUGAAACAAGACGACUGCUUGCAGGAACAAAAAGGAUUAAUUGGCAAAGGAAUGGGUGUGGCAACAAAAAACAAACAUUUAAAGGAAUCCAGGAGACUUGGAAUUCCAGGAACGGAAUAAAGGAAUGAACCCAGAAAACCCAACAUAAAGAAAACCAGAAAAAACAAGAAAAACUAAACAAGAAUUGUAAAAAGAGUACUGGAUACCAGAAGCCAAGGCCAGACAUCUGCGCAGAACGGAACAGGACGUAACAAAAAGGUAUUGCUCUGAAAUGUGUAAUACAGGUGUUCAGGAAAAUUGGAAAUAUUUGACGCUGGUAGCAAGUCUUAGAUUAUAACAUUAACAUAUGGUUGCACAGAAACAUAUUUGUCACACAGGCCAAGUUUUAACUUUCAUUUGAUUUGAAAACCGAAAUUUAGUUACCUGGCUUAACCUUCAUGGCAGAGAUGACCAGUUGGCAGAGAUAUCAAUAUAUCUGCUUCUUUCACCAAUUUAAUGUCUGUAAAUGUCCUGAAAAUGACAGCCUUCCCUUCCAAACAAUUAAUUCAACUUUCAUACCAUGGAGGAGAGUGAAUGGUUACUCUCACACGCCUCUUAGCAUUAAAGAGAUUGCUAUUGCUAACUUUUCAAAUACUUUUAUUUAAAAAAAAAACAAAAAAAAAAACAUUUGCUUUAACUGAACUUGCUCUAUGCAGACAUUAUGCUCAAAUACAGACAUUAAUCUUUACAUUACAAGUACAAGCAGGGUAUUUGACCAUUUUUAUUGAUCUAUUUUUGUCACACGUACUGUAUGUGAGAAUAACUGUAUUUUUUUUGGUUUAUACUAAUAAUUUAGGUCCUGUGUAAAAUAAUGGAAGAUAAAAUAUAGUUUAUACUUUUUUAAAGGUUUUCCUCAAUCUUUCUUUACAGGAUGAAUACAUUAAAAACACAAAUUGCACACUUUUGCAUAAUUUAGAUUUCUACGUUUGUGCGAACAGCUAUCUAUACACAAGAUUGCCGGUUUAUUAUAAUCUUUAUGUGAUAGCUAUACGUUUCAUGUGUCAAGUCAAUGUCGUGCAAAUAUGUUUUUCAUACAAAAAUUGCUAGGUCACAGAGGGAUAAAAUGAGCAACACAUGGAAAAAAACUAAAUUGGAAUCCUGGCAGUUGUAUUAUAUAAUAUUUGUGUCCCCUUGCUGAGGAAAGAGGGCAUUAAGAAGGGUGGAGAGAGGCAGUAGUCUGGACAGACAGAUCUCUGGAAAUGGGUAAAAAACCAGCCAAGGAGAGGGACAUUUUCUGACGUGGAGAAAAAGCACUGCUUGUAGUGGGGUAGAAAAGAGAAUAGCCAAAAUAAAUAGAUGGGUGGGCAAUCAAGAGAGGAGAAGAGUAAUUAGAAAAUAGUAUUUUCAUGUCUGUAUAGCAAGAGUCUGUGUUUUCUUAAAUUUUUUAAAUUAGCAAUGAAAACCAAAAAUGUCAGAGCAGUCCAAAUAGUUUGCAUGUGUGUUUUGCCACCAUGAACCUUAUAAGAAUCAGUUUUGUCUAGAAUCUACAUGAAUGGUUCUGAUAUCGGUAUCCUUGGAACCUCUAUGGCCCAGGAAAUAGGGAUUACCAAAGUCUACUUCAAUCUAGAUAUUUCCGAGGACUUUUAUUUAAACCUAGCAUGGGUUUCAAUGUUGGCAGAAGAUAUACAGGUGUCCUUUGAGCUAGUCGAUCUAAACAAAGUUUGCACAGUAUGGUAUUACCGCCAUUUACUUGAUAAGUUUAAAAAUACAUAAGCUUUGGUCUGAUGUUCUAUUUUACAACACUGCAGCUGGAGUCACCGGGGACCUUCUUAUCAAGAAUCUCUCCCAAGCAUAUGCCGGGACGUACCAGUGCUCUGUGGGGAACACAGUGGGCGUAGGACGUUGUUCAGUAGAACUCACUGUUUCAUCAAGUAAGUCAGCGCCUACCUACUAUGGUUCCUCACAAUUAAUCAUCCACAGUACAAAACACUAAGUUUUGAGUUUAGAAGUACAUGGUCAUAUCUGAGGUAAUGGUUGUGCCACACAUGAAAAGCCAAUUUUUGAUUAGCUGUGUAUAAUUUCAAACCUAUUUUUUUUUUUUUUUUACAAAAUGAAGUAAAAGAAAUGUACUGGCAGCAGCAAUUUGGCAUUUAAGUGGUAUCCACUGAGGUGGGUAUACUUCUGUUGCACUACGGGUGCCCAAAAGGGAGAUCCCAAGAUGUUGUAGAACUACAACGCCAUGAUGCUUUGCAAGCCUGCAUUUAGAAUGACAAAGCAUUAUGGAAGAUGCUGUUUUAAAACAUUUGGGCAUCUACCUUUUGGGCACCCCUGUGUUACACCACAUUAGAAAUAAAAAUAUAAAGAACUGAAAGUUAUGCCACAUGACUAGGUCACUAGGCUCUAAGCACCAAUACAGCUUUAGCAUAAUAAAGCAGAUUUAGUGUAUAGACUCAUUGCUCAAUUCUCAGGUAUUUAGGAGAUAAGUCACUUUGUUUAUGAAGCCCUAGCCACAGCUCCCCUGGCUGUGAAUGACACUGCUGUAAGAUCUGAUUAAAAACAAAAUCAUUUCUUUCAUGGAGGCACAGUGUGUUAACCUUAGAAGUUAUUAUCACGCUCAGUCAAUCAAACUCUAAUUGAGCAGUUUGACUGCAGACAUGAUCUAUAAUAUUGCUGUUUAUGGAGCUGUGUAGAAAAUAUUUUCAUUUUUUUACCACCUCUUUCUAUCCCUUUGGUUAAUGUGUUGUUACCCUGUAACUAUUCUACAAAUUGUGAUAUCAGCUUUUAUUCCUAUAUUAAGUAGGAUACUACCAGAUACAGGCAUACCUUGCUAAAAGGCAGGCUAGUCCCAAACCACCGUCAUUAAGCAAAUAUUCCCCAUUUGCUAGAACAUAUUAAACCCUGAAAACGUGUUUACACUAUCAUACAUUAUUAAUUGCAUAAUAGCGCUAGACAAAAGAAAAAAAAUGUAAAAGUAAAAAUAACAAUAGUAAAAAAUAUUGCCAACCUUAAAAUAAUGGAGAUAGUGAAGAUUAAUCAUCUGAAUGAAAUUGAAAAGUGCCGUUCCAUAGAGUGAAGUACUACUGCAAGGUUGAGGUAUGCUACCAAAGAAAGAUGUCAGACAAAAACAUAGCUCUACUGAAAAUAUGUGUCUUCUGCUUGUAAGUGUUGAAAUUUUCAAAAAUAGUUUUUUUUUUAAAUCCGGUAAUGGCAAAGACAGAUCAUACUUCAAGUGGGAUUUUCACAAAAUAACUGCAGCAGUGACAAUAAAAGACAAAACGAGAAACAAUUCAGCAAGUAACUUGCAUUUUAACCACCGAACAGUGCCCUUUUAUAAGCAAUGCAGAAAAUAAUCAGUCUUUGAGACCCAGAUGCCCUAGAAAUCAUCUUACUUUUUAAUAAUGGCAUUCUCACGCCUCAAAAGAACUAAACUUCAUAAAAUAAACUAAGUUUGAAAAAAUGACAACUAUUGCAAUUACUAUUAAGUAAAAUAUGCACACAUUCACUAAACAAUACAUUUUAGUAAAUUAACAAGUGAUUUUCAAAAUUUAGGCAGAUAAAAAAAAUAAUAAUAAAAAUCUCCAUUUUAGCUACAGCAUAAUUUCAGCACAGUUUGUCUACACAUUAGUACGCGUUGAUUCAUUCUAUAGUCUAUAAAUUCUACAGGGAACAGAACAGGACAGGGGAUAUAAAAAAGAAAAAAGAAAUCCGAGAUGAAAAAUAGUUUAGUUGGAUAAUUUUUCCUAAUUUCCUUACUUUUAUUUAAAAUGUUAAAUUCCGUAACAAAUUCUGAACAAUUCCUGAUUUAGAGAAUAACAUCAACAGUGUCAAAGUAGUGCAAUGCAAAACUAUGAAAUUGGAAUAUUUCAAUGAGAAAUGUAGAAAGGCUCAUCAGCCCCAUCUGGUGUUCUGAAAUGAUAAAACAAUUUUAAAUAGCUAAGUGACAGUCCAUUCUGUAGGUUAGAUUGCAGAGGUCAUUAUGAGUGGUUUACUGUUGCUAAUUUUGGAAGAGAAAAUGGCAUAGUAAAGUUUUGUUGAACUUUAGGAGCAGGCUUUUCACCCUUCCUAACUCUGCCCACUCAGCCCUAACUUCCACUGUCCACACAUCGCAACUCUCAUUGUACUUACCACUCACCCCACUAUCAUAUAAUUUCUCCUUCACCUCAACUCCUACUGUACUUCCAAUGCCCAAAAUUACCACUAUCGUGCCACCUCUCACUCCUUCCGAUGUCCCUUUGUCCUGACUAACCCCUUCCCCCUCCAGCUCCUAACUCACCUAAUCCCACUAAGCUGACACUGCCAUCUCCACUCUAACUCACACAUAUCCCAACUCUUCAUACACCUUACACUCUAACUCCCAUUACUUAUAUCAACCACUGUCCACCUCUUGCAUAAAGUUUAGUUUUAUGUAAAACAUUUGUCAAAAGGGUCAGAGAGCAAACCUCUGCUUUCACACACCAGUCUCUCUCACAGGGACUUCAGCAUUCACAUGCACUUCACACCGCCAGACCCACACAUUCACAUGCACAGACACUUUACACAGCAGAACAACACAUUCACAUGCACAGGCACUUCACACAGCAAGACCCACACAUUCACAUGCACAGACACUUCACACAGCUAGACCCACACAUUCACAUGCACAGACACUUCACACAGCUAGACCCACACAUUCACAUGCACAGACACUUCACACAGCUAGACCCACACAUUCACAUGCACAGACACUUCACACAGCUAGACCCACACAUUCACAUGCACAGACACUUCACACAGCUAGACCCACACAUUCACAUGCACAGACACUUCACACAGCUAGACCCACACAUUCACAUGCACAGACACUUCACACAGCUAGACCCACACAUUCACAUGCACAGACACUUCACACAGCUAGACCCACACAUUCACAUGCACAGACACUUCACACAGCUAGACCCACAUAUUCACAUGCACAGACACUUUACACAGCAGACCCACGCAUUCACAUGCACAGACACUUCAUAGAGAUAAACCCACACAUUCACAUGCACAGAUACGUUUUAUGGAAAAAUCAUUGUUUACUGACCCUGGUUGCAGGUACAUGUUUGACCAAUACUAAAGGUUGUGCGCUUGCUCUUUUGUGAUUGCUAGUAACUUUAAGACCUGGCUAGUAGUGCUUUAAGAUACAAGAAACACGUUCUAUAACAACAUAGCAAAGACAUAAUAAAAAACAUUUCAAAAUCCAAGCUCUGGGUGAAAUGUAACUGUGGUGGGAAUACUUUUAUAGAAUGGAAUAAAAGUAAAUGAAAGUGUGAACUCACAGAUAUCCUGCAAAUGACAGUAUCUCUCUUACCUCUAUAUUAGGCAACCGUGCUGCCAUAAUAGCUGGGGCCGUUAUAGGGGCAAUUCUGCUUCUACUGCUCCUGCUUCUGCUCAUCUGGUGCCUCAUCUGUUGCUGUAACAAGAGGCGCUAUGAAAAGGAACUCGCCAAUGAUAUCAGGUAAUGGACAGCGACUACCUAUAUAUUUUCUAGUUAAUCUUAUGGGGUAAUGGUUUUAAUACUCUUACCCAUUAUUAAUUCGUAAACGUAUUGGUAAUGAGUAGAGACAAUCCUGGGCGGGUGCACUGCAACCAGAUGCCAGAAGGGGGGCUGAGAGGAACUUUUCGCAAGAACAUUAAAUGUGUGAGUGUGUGUCUGUCAGUGGAUUUUCUGUGCCUCUCAGUGAGUGUGUUUCAAGUCAGUGAAAGUGUGUGUGUCAUUGAGUGUGUGUCAAAUCAGUGAGAAUGUGUGACUGUCAUUGAGUGUGUGUGUGACUGUCAGCAUGAGUGUGUCCGUCAGUGAGUGUGUUUCAAAUCUGAGAGUGUGUCUGUCAUUGAGAGUGUGUCUGUUAAUGUUUGUCAAAUCAUAGAGUGUGUGUGUGUCUGUCUGUCAGUGAGAAUGUGUCUGAUUACAAAAAGGGUUGGGGCUUACAGAUGGAGAGGUGGAGUUGCCGUUGCCAUAGAAACAUGCAUUUCUGUACUGGAGAUUUCCAAUGAGGAGGACACCUGGGGACACAAAAAAAUCUGCACCCAGGCAUCUGCUCUCGAACGUCUGGAUGGCCUAGAGAAGGGCCUGAGAGCUAGACUCUUGCCCGGAGGCUACAGGCACUGAUGUUAUGGAUCCCAUAGAGACAGUCUGGCAGCCUACAACAGUCAGAACACUAGCCUGACUAGUACAUAGACACUGUUUUGUGCAAUGCAAAAUAUAUAAAGAGACAGAUGCGGGCCAGUAUAUUACACCUUAUAGCAAAGAAAUGCUCUCAUUUCCAUGCUUCCUUUAUCUAAUACCAUCAAAUUCGUCUUCAGCACCAUACCUAAAGCAAUCACCUAGGGCUGGGGUUGGGGUUAGACUGAAACUCUUGUCUAAGAGGAGUCAAUGUAUGGACAAAUAAAUGAACAUACACAAGGUUCUCCAUUGUCUAGUUUGGAACACAGAGGAGACAUUCUAAAAUGUAUCCAUAGUUGUAUCUGUUAACCUAUCAAGUCCAAGAUUAGAAAUUACAUGGUCAGGUUCAAAUGAAACUUCUAUAAAUUAUUAAAGUAAGGCUGGAGGCCCUUAAUAUAGUUAUAGUUAAUAGGGAUAUGCGAUUUUAAUGUAAUCAAUUUAACUUCUUAUAUCUACAGAGAGGAUGUUGGUGCUCCUCCAAGUAACACAAACAGCCGUGUCAGCAGUGUCCGUACUGCUGCUGGGUACCGACCUCACCACAUCAGUUAUUCCUUACGAAGAGUCUACAGUGCGGCACACAAAGAGGAACCUAAGCCUCCAUCCCAAACCAGCAGUGAACUCAUUAAACCCAAGUUUGAGAGCUAUACUCCAUCUCCUGAACCACUCAUAGUCCUUCCAGAGUACGGACGUAACACACCAUCUCCGCAACCAUUGGUUGUCCUUCCAGAGUCCACACGUCACACACCUUAUAACAUCCAGAGAGUAGGGGGAGUUGCAGUGAUGGUACCUGCGCAAACGCGAGAGGGAUUUGUGGUUUAACAACGGAAGGCAGCAGAGCUAAUAAAAAAAAAACUUGGACUAAAAUGUAUAUAAACCUACCAAUCCAUCAAGACUUUGUACAAUAUGUUCAGAUUACAUAUGGGCCAGUGGUGUAUAGUACUUUCAUAUUGCUUAUGGUUUUUGUAAAUAUGUUAUAAGAACAUAACCGGCUUCUGUCGUCCUGUAUAGAAAUAUUAAAAUGUUUUCAAUGCCUUUCAAACGGACAGGUAUAUGGACCUUUCACCUGAAGUGGGAAGAAAUAACAUACACAUACUGCCUUUUAGUGACUUACGAUAACAACAGAAAGACUUCUGGGAUAGAACCAGAGUCUCCAUCUUGAAUCCUGGGGGAAGGGAGCAGCAGUGUUUAAAUUUUACCUCAAGACAUGGGUACAUGUUAUUGUUUCUGAACUUUACAAUUUAACCCUUAACAAACCCACAGUGUGGCAAGACUUCUCAACUCGUGAACGCGGGCAGUGGUGUUGGUGGUGGGGGUUAGUUUGACAAAAAUUUAAUUGGUUUGUUUACUAAACAGUAAAUUACGGUGUAUGGCUCUAGGGCAAUAUAGAGGAGUCCUGAGAGAAGGCUUUCACUCGAGCUUCACUUCAAUUUUGCAAAAUGUUUGAGUAACUCCCUUUUACUCGUCCAGAAAAAUAAACUCCAAUUUUUAAAAGUUACUUUUAUUUUCUACUUUUGAGUAAAUAUUUAAUAUUCAUUAAAAUAAAUUUGCAAUAAACUUUUAUAUUAAAAAAAUGGUUUGUGUCACAGUCUACUUUUUAUUUUAUUAAAACAUUUUACAACAGUAUAAUAUUCUGGUAUUCAGAAUCACCCCUUCAGUAAUGUUUUACAUUUUUUGCAAAAACAAUAAAUAAAUAAAAUAGAAAAAAAAAAUAAAACAACAAAAGCCUUGAACCAUUUAGUGUUGACCUUUAUCUUAGAAAUGUAAACUCUAUGCCAAUAAAUCAGUUCACAACAAUUGCAGUCCUGUGGAGUAAAAUACAUUUAUAAAAAAAAACAUCGAAGUAUAUGGUUGCAUUAUAUUAGGCAAAUGGCAUAUUGUCUUGUGCUGCUGGUCAUUUCAACAAAUCUAAACAAAAUCUAUUGUUUUUCCUUUUAUUUUGCAAUGUGGAAGUAGUGCCAAAAUCUGCACACAGGCUAUCAAGUUCCAGUAUGGGAUGCAAUAACAAUAGGUCAGGAAUGUGGAGCUCAAUGCAUUACUCCAGAGCUUGUACUAAUAUAUAUUUUUAAUAUAAUAUGCCCUACUGGGCAUUAGUACUUGGCCCCUAACAGAAUCAACAAACAUUACAGAUUAAAACAGAUUGAAAUCAGAAUCAGAUCAGUCCUCAGAGUCACAGCCCCAGUCCUGCGGUUGGAAGCUUAACACAAUUUUCAUGUAGUUACAGCCUAAGUGUUUUAAUAAAACUAUUAGUGACAGGCAGCACAGUGCUAUGUGUCAGAUAUGCCCCACUCCCUUUGUCAUCCCAUGGCUUAUCUGGUUUUAUAUCUAUUAAUUAUACAUUUUAGUAAAUUGUCUUAAUCAGCUUUCAUGCAGUCACUAAGGCUUUUUUUUUUAUUCUUAUAUUUAUUAUUAGCUUUUUAAAUAUACAAAAAUGAACAUGUACAUAUCGUCAAAAAUACAAUAACUGACAUCCUAACAAUCUCAGUGCUAUUAUAGUUUAAGUCAUACAUUGAUAUAUCUGCUUUAAAAUCAACACUUUCGAAGACAUCAACAAACAUUAAAAAUAAAACAAAAAGGACGAUGGUCAGUAUUCAAAGACAGAAAAUAAAAAUACUUCCAAAGUAUAAAUCUUCCCAAUACACGCCAUAGAUAUAUACCAUAAUUUUAACUUUAAUCUGGCGUUUAUAAAUCGAGAUCCUAUUGUGGGGAGAGGUAGAGAAAGGUGUGUGUGUGUGUGGGGGGGUUCUUAAAAAAAGAAAUACAAAACACAAGAUACAUAGAUAAGAAAAACGCCCAGGGAAUUCUCCAGGAGAGAAAAAAAACAAAAAACAUAGACAUAAGACUCAGAGUUGUGCUUUAUGUCUCUUUGAUAUAAUUAUUCCAUAUAUUCCAUCCAUAGUUAGUUGUAAGGGAGAUCUCUCUCUCCAUCCUUAAUUGAAAAAGAGAUUUGGGUUCUUAAUAUUUCCCACGUUGGAGGCUCACUCUGCCUCCAGAGCUUUACAAUACUUUUUUUUGCAGAUAUCAGAAUGUCAGUUGUUAUAUAUCUAUCCCCCAGAGACAAUUGAGGCCAUCCUAGAUGUAACAAAGCUGUUUGGGGAGAGAAUGUCAAGGGGAUACCCGUAAUAUUCUCUAAAAUGUUAUUUGUUAAUUUCCAAAAGGCUUUUAACUUCUUACAGUUCCACCAGAUAUGAGUAUAAGAACCUUCUGCAUGGCUACAACACCAGCAGAAAGUAGAAUAUGGAUGCACCAUCUUGUUGCUAUUCUUUGGAACUAGAUGCCAUCUGGUCAAUAUCUUAUAUUGUAAUUAUAUUGUAACUCAAUAGGAUUAAGGCAAUGUAUGAAUUUCUUAGCUUCUGGUAUAAUCUUAUACCAGUCCAAAGCUAUGAUCUCUAUUUCUAGGUCUAUUUCCCAUUUAUUUAUUAUGUUUUUAACUGGAUCUGUUUUAAUAGACAUUCCAAACCCGGAAUUUCAUUGUCUUUUUUUGCAUAUAUAUUUUCGAAGAUAACUUUUAAUUCUAAGGUAACGGAAAACUUAUUUUGCGGGAAUAUGGUAUUCAGAGACUAUUUCUUGAAAAGAUUUAAUAUGAGAGCCAUUUAAGAUAUCAGAAAAAAAUCUUUAUGCCAUUCUCUUUCCAGGUACAUAGAUUCAACUCUUCCAUGUUAUAUUCUAAGAGGUUAAUAUUACUCUUACAACGAAAAGUAUUCUCCCAUGGCAAAUUAUAUUGUAUUUUAAAUUUAGACCAAAAUUUUAGAAUUUGAUAACUAAGACUGUUUUUGCCUCCAUUGUUGGCUGGAAUCCUAUCUAUGCCCAAUCUUUUAAGAUCAAUCCACAGGAGAAGGGAGAGGUCCGAUAUCUCCAACAUAUAUUUUUCUAUAUCCUGCCAAGAAUCUUUUGAAACUAUUUUGAACCAUUUAUUAAUAUGCUUAAGGAUAGCUGUGUCAUGGUACCUUUUAAUGUUAGGGAUUGCUAGCCCUCCUUUAUCUAUACUUUUCUCUAAAAUCUAAAGGCUUUUGUGGGAGAGAAAAAUAUUUUAUACACUCACAUUUGGCAGGGAUCAGGAACUCCUGCUGCUGUGCUCUAUCUGUUACUCCCAAGGUGGCUUCCUCCUUCUCUCUUCUGGGCACUGUAACCCACCCCCUGGUGCUACCAGUCAAUCAUGGCCCCCGAAUAGAGAUGCCAAUAGCAUGCCUCCAACUCAUGGGCAGCUGACUCUGCAGCCUGAAUGGCAAAUCAAUGGAAAUUCCUACAAUUACUUCUUAAAGGAGACUAGGCAUGUGCAAAACCUGUUGAAAUAGGGCAGAUUUACUACAGUAUUAACAGUAAGGAAUUCAAAGGGGAUUUAACAUUUUCAGUCUGCCAUGUUUUCAGUUUAGUUAUUUUAGCCUAAAAUGUGAACUUUCUAUGAAUUCAUGACAAUUCACACCUUGGUAACUAACAGUGUAAAUGAUUGCAAACAUAAAAACAAGUCCAUUAAAGGGGACAAUCCAGACCCCUAGAGCACCUUCCUGAAGUACUUUAUGUGUGAAGAGUGUGUACUCUUUUUUCCCCCCAUCUUCUCCGAUGUUGACCAUGGGGGCAACCGAAUACAGCACACGCAUUAGUCCCUCCCAUAGAAAAGCAGUGAAUAAAUGCUUUCCAUGCUUUCCUAUAGGUGAUUGAAGCAAAGUGUGAGGACGUCCAGCGUCAUUUCACAUGGUUAAACUCUAUGAAUCCCUAGGAAGUGCCUCGGGUGUCUUUCUGGAAGACAACCACUAGAGGCAGUCUUAACCCUUAACUGCAAUGUUUUCCGUUUCAGGGUUGAGAGGACGGGGACACUGCACCCAGACAACUUCAAUGAUAUGAAGUGGUCUGGGUGCCUAUAGUGUCCCUUUAAGGAUUAUUCAAUUAAGUCAGCAUUGCCGAGAAUUUAAAGUAAAUCACAAACUUUAGCACAAAGUAGUGAAAUUAUAACAAUUCAGCAAGUCUAUUCUGUUUUCAAUUUCAGGAUUCUGAAAUGUUAUUCUCCCUUUGAAUUCCUGACGGUUCUCAUAUGAGUGAAUAACACUGUAUUCGUUCUAAUCUGUUUUGUUUUUCUUUUAUUUGAAGCAUUGGGUUUCCCAAACCUCGGAUUUAUGUAUUGGAAGCAUCAUUUUUAACCCAAGCUUUCAUCUCCAGUUAUUCUGGUGUGAAAUCGCCUGAUUCUUACUUCUCACAAGCUAAAAGGGAUACUGUAAGAACCAUAACUACUACAAUGCACUGUAGUGGUUACGGUAAGAGGAGUCCUUGAAUCUGUGGAAGGGUGAGCUGUAUUCUGCAUUAGUAAACCAACUUUGGAUAGUAUUUAUUGGUUGAGGAGCGUCAGCUGAUGGUCUCAGCAAGCGAAUCAUGCUGGGGGUUGUUUGGAAGGAGCAACGAGGAAGAGACAGGAGAGACACUUCCAAGGGGAAAUGAGGACCUGGAGAAAGAGAAACACCCAAACUGCCAAUUCUCCAGUUUAACCUUUAGAAAAUUUUCCCCUAAAUGUAUAUUUAAAAUAUGAAUAAAGAAUAUCUUAAAAUUAUACCUACACAUGAAAACGGUGUGGGCAAACAAUCAUAAUUAUUAUUAAUAUUUAUAAUAUGAAUGUAUUUAAUAAAAGAGGGUAAUAAAUUCAGCAAUCACUUUGGAUCCCUAGAACAAUGAUACAUUCAAUGCAAUAAAUUAGCAUUUAAAUUACUAGACCAAAUUUGCAAUUUGGAUUUUGAGUUGCUUUGAGCCCUGAGAUAUCCUGCGUGGAAUACACCAUUUAUCUUCUUCACAAUAUAAUAUUCAGAUUCGGGUGAUACUUUUGUAGGCUCCUCAGACGUUCUAUUGAUUCCAUGUUAAAGUCAUUCGUGUCCAGUCU